UCGUUGUUCCCGCUGCUGUGGAAGUGAAACAGUCGAUGUUACUGAGAGCUGAAAUGGAGCAGAAAGGAGAUCAACUAACCCACUGCUAUGCUGGACCUGAAGAUGUGGCCUGUGAUAACUGCACUGUGAGGAAGAGGAAAGCUGCCAAGUCCUGUCUGGUCUGUUUGGUUUCUUAUUGUGAGAAGCAUCUCCAACCUCACUUUGAUUCUCUAUCAUUUAAAAAACACAAACUGGUGAAUCCUUCUAAGAGUCUCCAGGAGAACUUCUGCUCUCAUCAUGAUGAGGUAAUGAAGAUCUUCUGUCGUACUGAUCAGCAGUGUAUCUGUUAUCUCUGCACUAUGGAGGAACAUAAAGGACAUGAAACAGUCCCAGCUGCAACAGAAAGGACUGAGAAGCAGAAGGAACUCCAACAACAAAUCCAUCAGAGAAUCCAGGACCAAGAGAAAGAUGUGAAGCUGCUUCAACAGGAGGUGGAGGCCAUCAAUGUCUCUGCUGAUAAAGCAGUGGAGGACAGUGAGAAGAUCUUCACUGAGCUGAUCCGUCUCCUCCAGAAAAGAAGAUCUGAUGUGAAGCAGCAGAUCAGAUCCCAGCAGGAAACUGAAGUGAGUCGAGUCAAAGAUGUUCAGGAGAAGCUGGAGCAGGAGAUCACUGAGCUGAAGAGGAAAGACGCUGAGCUGGAGCAGCUCUCACACACAGAGGAUCACAACCAGUUUCUCCUCAACUACCCCUCACUGCCAGCACUCAGUGAGUCGACACACUCCAGACAUAAAAUUCAACCCCGGAAAAACUUCAAGGACGUGACAGCAGCUGUGUCAGAGCUCAGAGACAAACUACAGAAAAUCUUGAAAGACACGUGGCGAAAAAUUCCACUGAGAGUCACAAAGACGGAUGUUGCAUUGCCAGAACCAAAGACCAGAGCUGAAUUCUUAAGGUGUUUCCAAAAAAUCACUCUGGAUGCAAAUACAGCAAACACAUUUCUGUUGUUAUCUGAGGGGAACAGAAAAGUAAGAAUGAACCAACAAAUGUUUUAUCCUGAUCAUCCAGACAGAUUCACUGUUUGGCCUCAAAUCCUGAGCAGAGAGAGUCUGACUGGACGUUGUUACUGGGAGGUGGAGUGGGAAGGAGGACGAGUUAAUAUUGCAGUUUCAAACAAGAACAUCAGCAGAGCAGGAAGAUCAGACGCAUGUUCAUUUGGAUUCAAUGACAAAUCUUGGUCACUGCGCUGUGACGCAAUUAGUUGUACAUUUUGGCACAACAAAAGUCAAACUGCAGUACCAGGUCCAGUUUCCUCCAGAAUAGGAGUUUAUCUGGAUCACAGAGCAGGUAUUCUGUGUUUCUACAGAGUCUCUAAAACCAUGAUUCUCCUCCACAGAGUCCAGACCAGAUUCACUCAGCCUCUACAUGCUGGGAUUAGACUUUCUGAAGGAUCCUCUGCUGAGUUUGUUAAACUUCAAUAGUCAGCAGUGAUCUGAAGUCCAGUUGGUUAAAAUGUGUAUUUUAGUUUCAGUUUCCAUCAUUGUUGUCAUUUCGUCAUUUCUCAGUCGUUAUGGAGCUACGUUGCCAUGUUUGUUGACAUCCAUUCAUUUUUAGAGACUGCCCCAGGGCAAUUGUUGCUACAAUCCAGUAAUUUGACACCAUCUGUUUCUGAGAGACUGAAUGUAAUGUGAUGCUUUCCAGAUUUGAUAAAGUGGUGUGUAAGAACAGACCAUUUAACUAUUUUGUCCAGGCCUGUUUCAUUAAUUUGCUUGUUCUGAUGAUUCUGUUGGGGAUUAAAAGUUAUCAAAAGCUUGGGUUUUGUGCUUGUUAAAGGGGCGUUGCACUUACACUGAGAAGUGUAAUCUCACUCAGAGAUACUAAUGCUAGACAGUUCAUUCAAUGAUUUUUAGCUAGAUAUACCAAACACAUUUGGUAUUGUGUUUUGGGGCUGGAGACUGUUAAAGAAUUUUUGGAUGUCAAGUAAGAUUUUUGUGGAUGGAUUUUGCUUUAAAGAUUUUAACCUGUAACUGAUUUUUGAUUUUAAUAAAUAUUCUGUCAUUUUUUCUUCUGUUGCCAGAAAUCCUUGCAUCUGAGUGUUUUUGCUUGUCAAGUGUUCCUAAAUUCAAAAUACAAGUUUCAUAUUUCAGUCAGUAUUAAAGA